AUGGAUUUCCAAGUCGAAUCAGCCAUCUUGGAGGCAAACGUGAUCUCCAUGACUCACCAGCUAGCUAUGAGUAUAGUUGGGGAUGGAACCAUAAUGCUGGAUCAGUCUGGUGACAGAAGACACACAUCAUUGUCUGAUACUCAGACAGAACAUAAACGAGGUGGAGAGGAGUUGCUCUCAGCUAAAGUUCAGAUCGCCUAUGCAGGUCACGCCAUUGUUCAGAUCUUUAGCAGAUGGCAUCCCAAGUCCACAAUUCUCUGCAAGUUGUUUGAGUUUCCGCCCGAUCAUGAAACAGCAACUUCUUCUUCUUCUUCUCCUUCACCUCCAAAAGUGUUAGUGGCGAGAGCGCAACCGCUGAUGAUGGGAUCAAGCAUAAGUAGACACGACAUCGACAUCUAUGGAGUACAUUUUGUCCCAUGUCUUGUUGCCUGA